AUGGUGAGAGAUGAAAAGACUGAAAAGGCACAAUGUACACAGACUGUUGACAUUCACGAGGGAUUGGUUGCUGCUGAUGCAUACCCUACCCUACUCCGUACAUAUUAUUACCCAUUUAACGUUUUUUCGGAUGAGGGUGAAACCCAUCAAGGCACAUCCCUAUCUGUGCCUGCCCAAAGAGGACGAAAUCCUACUUCUAACAACCUUUUGCCUUUGAUUGGUUUGAUCUCCAAGAAUACCUCGAAGUACCGAGAAUAA